AUGUCCUCGUACGCAAAGGAGCUCGAGGUCGCCCAGCUGGCCGUCCAGCGCGCCUCCAUCCUCACCAAGCGCGUCUUCCACGAGAAGGCAAAGGGCACCGUCGACAAGAACGACAAAUCCCCCGUCACCAUCGGCGACUUCGGCGCCCAGGCCCUCAUCAUCGCCGCCCUCCGCCACCACUUCCCCGAUGACGAGAUCGUCGCCGAGGAGGAGGCCGCCCAGCUGCGCUCCGAGCCCGCCCUGCGCGACCAGAUCUGGGAACUCGUCCGCACCACCAAGCUUGAUGACCCCUCGGCUGAGUCCUUCCUCGGCGGUGCCAUCGAGUCGCCCGAGAGCAUGAUGGACCUCAUCGACCACGGCAACAGCAAGGGUGGCGCCGCCGGCCGCAUCUGGGCCAUCGACCCCAUCGACGGCACGAAGGGCUUCCUCCGCGGAGGCCAGUACGCCGUCUGCCUCGGCCUCAUGGUUGACGGCGACGUCAAGGUCGGCGUUCUCGGCUGCCCCAACCUCCCCGUCGACGAUAAGGCGCCCCUGACGGCCGACAUCGGCUCCAACGCCAACGACGACACGGGCUACGGCGUCAUCUUUUCCGCCGUUCUCGGCCAGGGCGCUACCUCCCGCCCGCUGCGCACAGGCGCCAUCGCCGAGGGCUCCCCCAUCUCCAUGAGGCCCAUUACCGAGAUGUCGGCGGCGACCUUCUGUGAAAGCGUCGAGGCCGGCCACAGCGCGCACGACGACCAAGCGCAGAUCGCCGCCAAGCUUGGCAUCACCAAGCCCAGCGUCCGUAUGGACAGUCAGAGCAAGUACGGCUCCAUCGCUCGCGGCGCGGGCGACAUCUACCUGCGCCUGCCUGUCAAGGCGACGUACCAGGAGAAGAUCUGGGACCACGCAGCGGGAGACCUCAUCGUGCGCGAGGCCGGCGGCCAGGUUACGGACAUCCAGGGCAAGAGGCUGGACUUCUCCGUCGGCCGGACGCUGGCGAACAACAAGGGUGUCAUCGCCGCGCCGGCCGCAGUGCACGGGGAUGUGUUGAAGGUUGUUCAGGAGGUUCUGAGCUCAAAAUCCAGCUAG